AUGGCAGAAACUGUUCAGGAAAAGAGCCGUGGACUGAAGUUUGCAGAGCAACAGCUACUGCGUCAUGGCUGGGAACAAGGUAACUUUAAUGUUACAUGUUCAGAAAUGUAUUUAGUAACAGUAUAGUAAAUUAAUUAUGGACAAUGUGCUAGCUAAUUAACAUCUUAAGAUUACAGGCAGGAGUUUCUAUAUCAAGUGUACACAUUUUACAUUUACCCACAACCCUGGCGUUGCAAGCGCCAUGCUCUACCAACUGAGCUACAGGGGACUACGACACAUAUGUCAGCUUGAACUUGCUAGUACAUUAGUAGGCAGGGCAAACCCGUUUUGGUGAUUUCUGGUAUAUCAUCGAAAGAAAUCCAUCACAGUACGUUUUUGGACUCAUUCAGCAGUUUUUACCUGAUUUAAGUACAAUACCAUUGGAAAGGAAUGUUGAAAGUUACAUUUAUAUUCCUAAAACGUAUGUUGAAAAUGAUGCUGUCCAAAUCAAUAACCAAUAUGCAGAAACAGUUUGUGAUAUCUUGAAAACCUAAGCAUAAAAUGUACUAUCAUACAUGUGCAACAAUUGGUAAUAAUGUUACUUAGAUUUUUUUUUAAUGGGCAUCUUUUUAAACUGCACAUGCACCAAAAACCCUGUUUUAAUAUGGCAAAAAAUCACUGAAAUCGAUUAGGGGGGAAAUCGGGUUGUACGCGCUGUUGAAACUAAAAAACACAUGAAAACUGGAGAUAUUUUUACAUCACUGGUUAGAGAACAACCUGCAGAAGACAGUGGGCUACAUUGGGGGGAUGCAUUUUGAUUUGGGGGUCGCCAAAACAGAAAAAGAAACGCAACACUUAUUUGUCAAUCACUCAUAUCGAAAACCACAUGGACUCUGGGAAUAAUGUGUACAUCACUGGUUAGAGGGACAAUUUGUAGAAGACAGCUAGCUACAUUUUGAAGUGUUGAUCAGGGGGCAAACGUUUGGGGUGUAGCGCUGUUUAAACUAACACUUUUCAAAGGCCACACAGAAACCUUGAAUAACCUGUACAUGGUUGGUUAGAUGAGAACUUGUAGAAGGCUUAUAUCUAUAUUUUGGAAUGUCGUAUGUUGAUUUCGGGAGGCUGCCAUCACGAAAAAGGGAACGAACCACUUUCUGUUAACUUAAACGAAUCACAACGUUUGGGUUAUCAAGACCCAUAGGAUAUCAACAGUGACAACGGUUGGCUGUUUUUUAAGUGAUAGUUUGACUGUCAAAUCCAUUGGUGUGGCCAGCGACUUUUAUAGAGUGACUGCCCCAAAUUUUUCGUGCCAUUUUAUUAACGGCACGUUCUGCGCAUCCCAGCACGUGUGACAAUCAACGGUACAAAACCAAAGAUAUUGAUCAGCUUUAAGCAAUCAAUCUGAUGUCAUCGUGAUUACUAUAUUCUUUUAAUACUAGCGUCACCAAUCUGAGGUAAAAGGAUGUGUAAUUCCACUAAAUGUUAUGGGUUGAAAAUGUAAGGUACAGUGCAUUCGGAAAGUAUUCAGACCCCUUGACUUUUUCCACAUUUUGUUUGUUACGGCCUUAUUCUAAAAUGUUCCUCGUCAAUCUACACACAAUACCCCAUAAUGACAAAGCGAAAACUAAUAAAUAAAAAACAGAAAUACCUUAUUUACGUAAGUAUUCAGACCCUUUGCUAUGAGACUCGAAAUUGAGCUCAGGUGCAUCCUGUUUCCAUUGAUCAUCCUUGAGAUGUUUCUACAACUGCAUUGGAGUUCACCUGUGGUAAAUUCAAUUGAUUGGACAUGAAAGGCACACAGUUGACAGUGCAUGUCAGAGCAAAAACCAAGCCAUGAGGUCAAAGGAAUUGUCCGUAGAGCUCCGAGACAGGAUUGUAUCGAGGCAUAGAUCUGGGGAAGGGUACCAAAACAUUUCUGCAGCAUUGAAGGUCCCCAAGAACACAGUGGCCGCCAUCAUUCUUAAAUGGAAGAAGUUUGGAACCACCAAGACUCUUCCUAGAGCUGGCCGCCCGGGAAAGAUGAACGGAGCAGAGUACAGAGAGAUCCUUGAUGAAAACCUGCUCCAGAGCACUCAGGACCUCAGACUGGGGUGAAGGUUCACCUUCCAAUAGGAUAACGACCCUAAGCACAAAGCCAAGACAACGCAGGAGUGGCUUCGGGACAAGUCUCUGAAUGUCCUUGAGUGGCCCAGCCAGAGUUUGGACUUGAACCCGAUUGAACAUCUCUGGAGAGACCUGAAAAUAGCUGUGCAGCGACGCUCCCCAUCCAACCUGAGAGCUUGAGAGGAUCUGCAGAGAAGAAUGGGAGAAACUCCCCAAAUACAGGUGUGCCAAGCUUGUAGCGUCAUACCCAAGAAGACUCGAGGCUGUAAUCGCUGCCAAAGGUGCUUCAACAAAGUACUGAGUAAAUGGUCUGAAUACUUAUGUAAAUGUGAUAAUUAAGUUUUUUUUAAAUACAUUUGCAAACAUUUCAAAAACUGUUUUUGCUUUGGUAUUAUGGGGUAUUGUGUGUAGAUUGAUGAGGGGGAAAAAACGAUCAAUUUUAGAAUAAGGCUAACGUAACAAAGUGGAACAAUGCAAGGGGUCUGAAUACUUUCCGAAUGCACUGUAGUAAAAAACUGUCCACAUUAGGGAAAUUAGCGCAAUAUUCAAUUUUAAUAUGGCAAAAUAAUUAAACAUGUCAAUUUAAGAUGAUUGUAUAUGUUGCCCACUCACAAACUAUUGCAACAAUGACAUCUAUUUCUCACUAAUUUAACCAUUUAGAGAGUAAACAAAUUGUUUUGCUCUCAAACACACACACACCUGUCUAUAUAAGGUCCCCUAGAGCCUCCAUAGUGUCUGUCCAUAGUGUCUGAAUGUUGGACGUCCCUACUAGUAGUAGCUGCCAGUUUUAUCUAAUUCCGUGUUAGAUCUAAUGUUCUUACUCUACCACUAAUAGAAGACCCCUCACUGUUCACAGGUAAAGGUCUUGGUCGGCAGGAGAAUGGUAUAUCGGAGGCUAUCAAAGUCAAAGUGAAAUGUGACAAGGGAGGGGUGGGACAUCGUCAAGGGGAGCAGUUCACCUUCCAUUGGUGGGACCACGUCUUCAACAAAGCAUCUUCGAGCCUGGAAGUGGAAUCUGGCGAGGUAAGUCCUCAGAAGUGGUGUGUGAAAUGAAACAGAUUAUUUUACCACUAGGCCACGCACACACAUACACACAUUCACACACAUACAGGAUGGAUAUACAGUGAGGGAAAAAAGUAUUUGAUCCCCUGCUGAUUUUGUACGUUUUCCCACUGACAAAGAAAUUAUCAGUCUAUAAUUUUAAUGGUAGGUUUAUUUGAACAGUGAGAGACAGAAUAACAACUAAUAAAUCAAGAAAAACGCAUGUCAAAAAUGUUAUAAAUUGAUUUGCAUUUUAAUGAGGGAAAUAAGUAUUUGACCCCUCUGCAAAACAUGACUUAGUACUUGGUGGCAAAACCCUUGUUGGCAAUCAGAGGUCAGACGUUUCUUGUAGUUGGCCACCAGGUUUGCACACAUCUCAGGAGGGAUUUUGUCCCACCUUAAGAUUUCGAGCCUGACGUUUGGCAACUCAAACCUUCAGCUCUCUCCACAGAUUUUCUAUGGGAUUAUGGUCUGGAGACUGGCUAGGCCACUUCAGGACCUUAAUGUGCUUCUUCUUGAGCCACUCCUUUGUUGCCUUGGCCGUGUGUUUAGGGUCAUUGGCAUGCUGGAAUACCCAUCCACAACCCAUUUUCAAUGCCCUGGCUGAGGGAAGGAGGUUCUCACCCAAGAUUUGACGGUACAUGGCCCUGUCCAUCGUCCCUUUGAUGCGGGGAAGUUGUCCUGUCCCCUUAGCAGAAAAACAGCCCCAAAGCAUAAUGUUUCCACCUCUGUGUUUGACGGUGGGGAUGGUGUUCUUGGGGUCAUAGGCAGCAUUCCUCCUCCUCCAAACACGGCGAGUUGAGUUGAUGCCAAAGAGCUCAAUUUUGGUCUCAUCUGACCACAACACUUUCACCCAGUUCUCCUCUGAAUCAUUCAGAUGUUCAUUGGCAAACUUCAGACGGCCCUGUAUAUGUGCUUUCUUGAGCAGGGGGACCUUGCGGGCGCUGCAGGAUUUCAGUCCUUCACGGCGUAGUGUUACCAAUUGUUUUCUUGGUGACUAUGGUCCCAGCUGCCUUGAGAUCAUUGACAAGAUCCUGCCGUGUAGUUCUGGCCUGAUUCAUCACCGUUCUCAUGAUCAUUGCAACUCCACGAGGUGAGAUCUUGCAUGGAACCCCAGGCCGAGGGAGAUUGACAGUACUUUUGUGUUUCUUCCAUUUGCGAAUAAUCGCACCAACUGUUGUCACCACCUCACCAAGCUGCUUGGCGAAGGUCUUGUAGCCCUGCCUUGUGUAGGUCUACAAUCUUGUCCCUGACAUCCUUGGAGAGCUCUUUGGUCUUGGCCAUGGUGGAGAGUUUGGAAUCUGAUUGAUUGCUUCUGUGGACAGGUGUCUCUUAUACAGGUAACAAACUGAUAUUAGGAGCACUCCCUUUAAGAGUGUGCUCCUAAUCUCAGCUCGUUACCUGUAUAAAAGACACCUGGGAGCCAGAAAUCUUUCUGAUUGAGAGGGGGUCAAAUACUUAUUUCCCUCAUUAAAAUGCAAAUCAAUUUAUAACAUUUUUGACAUGCGUUUUUCUGGAUUUUGUUGUUGUUAUUCUGUCUCUCACUGUUCAAAUAAACCUACCAUUAAAAUUAUAGACUGAUCAUUUCUUUGUCAGUGGGCAAACAUACAAAAUCAGCAGGGGAUCAAAUACUUUUUUCCCUCACUGUACAUUGGGCCUAGGCUACAUCUCCACCUUUCUGUUCUAGAAUGGUGUGCAGGUGAAGAAGUUGGUGGAGGAGGAAGAGGAAGGAAUGAUCUCCAACAAGAAGCCAACGAAAGCAAUGCUGGGAAGAGACAAACUUUAUGGAUGCUUUGUCAAGGUACAGGUGGACAAAUACAACUGGAACACACUUCCAUAUCUGUGCCAAUGAGCUCUCUUGAUAAUACAGUAAGAUACUGCACUUAGGCUAAUGAUAUGGACUGUACUGUAACUGUGUUUUUUCUCUUAUUAAUUUUGUGUAUGGAUCUCUCCCUCCUAGUCUGCCACCCUCCUGGCAGGACUGGAGCAGCCGGAGCAGAAGUCCUCCAGUACAGAUGAUAGCAGCAGCUCUGACGAUGAGGACCAGAGACUGGACCUGUCCAGCACCACCAAGUAAGAACCUCACUGCCCAAUAAAACCCACCACCAUACAGGGAUUAAUAUCAGUUUGUGAAGCUUAUUUGUUUUCAUAUCAUCAAUGUGAAGAUUAAACCAAUACAGUGUUAACUACAGUGGUUUUAUGUACUCAAAGGGUUAAAUAAUAAAUGCUAUUUCCCUCUCCCUUUGCAUAGACUAUCAGACGCUGACCUGGUGAAGGCUUGUGGAGGACGCACCGCUCACAAGUAAGUUGCUUGUCACCAAUAUGUUUUAUAAACCAUAAACAAAUAAUAAACAAAUCACAUGAAUGUGUCUAUCUUGGUGCGUGCUGUUGAUGAAUAGUUUGAACCUGGUCUUGCAUGUCUUAAUAAGGAAGCUAAACAUUGGUUUUCCCUAUUUCUGUUCCCAACAGAGGAGCCAGGCACGGCCUUACCAUGAGUGCCAAGCUAGCCAGACUGGAGCAGCAGGAGCAAGAGUUCAUGGCAAAGUAUGGCAAGAAAAACCAACUAGCGGCUGCAACACCAGAUAGCGUCACCACUACCCAGCCAGCUGCCCAGAGCCCUGAGGAUGAACUGACGGACAAGACCCAGGGGAAGAAGGCCAAAAAGAAGAAGAGGAAAAAUCACUCCGAGGAUACCCAUGAGAAUGUGGCUGAAGAGAAUGCUGAUGCUGCUGUGGUCUCCGGAAGUACCAACAUGGAAGUAAAGGUGAAAAAGAAGAAGAAGAAGAACAAAUAUAAUGAAAGUUCAAAGGAGAACACUGGGGAGGUGGUGGUGGUUCCUGAAGAACUAAUGCCUGUGGAUAAUACAGCAGACAACGCUCAGCCAACCAAGAGGAAACGUUCAAAAAAGAGGAAGGUGUUGGAAGAGGGCGAGAGCUGUCAUCUAAAUGGAGAGGUGUGUGAAACUGCUGUCAUUUCUAUAGAGAGUGAAGCUGGAGGAGGCAGUGAAGAGGCUUCAGAGGGAGAAGGUGCCACUCAGCAACAGACUGACUCAGACACUACUACCAAGAAGAAGAAGAAGAAGAAGAAGUCGUCCUCCAAGAACAAAGAGGAGCCUCCAGUGGCUGAGGAGAUGGACCACACUGAUAGAGAAACCAACCAAUCAGAGACUGUGGAGGACUCCCCUCCAAAAAAGAAAAAGAAACAGGAUGCGGCAAUAGAGGAGAGCGAGGAAGUGAGAACGGUGGAGGAGGAACCUAAAAUAAAAGGUAAAAAGAAAAAAUGCAAAGAGGACAAGCAGACCGUAGAGGACAGGUUGCACAAUGUAUCGGACUCCAUACCUCUAAAAAAGAAGAAUAAAGCUAAACAACAGAAAGCAGAUUGA